ACAAACCAACCCGCCAAUACCGCAUUAAAUCGAUCUAUCCCUCUCAUCAUCAUCUUCACUCUCAAAGCGUCCCAAUUUAAACCAGAAACCGCAGCAAACAACCCCCGAUGGCGCCUACAACUCUCACGGCUCUGUCGGAGGAGAAGACCCUUCAAUCCAGCUUCGUUCGUGACGAGGAUGAGCGUCCAAAAGUUGCCUACAACGAAUUCAGCAGUGAUAUCCCCAUCAUCUCGCUUGCCGGAAUCGAUGAAGCCGAAGGCAGGAGAGCCGAGAUAUGCAAGAAAAUUGUGGAUGCCUGCGAGGACUGGGGUGUUUUCCAGGUUGUCGACCAUGGCGUCGAUGCCACCCUCAUUUCCGACAUGACACGCCUUGCCCGAGACUUCUUCGCUUUGCCUCCUGACGAAAAGCUCCGCUUUGACAUGUCCGGUGGCAAGAAGGGCGGCUUUAUUGUCUCUAGCCAUCUACAAGGAGAAGCUGUGCAAGAUUGGCGUGAAAUAGUGACAUAUUUUUCGUACCCAAUUAGGACCCGAGAUUAUUCGAGGUGGCCGGACAAGCCGGAGGGGUGGAGAGCGGUGACGGAGCAGUACAGUGACAGACUGAUGGGAUUGGCCUGCAAGCUCUUGGAGGUGCUAUCGGAAGCCAUGGGAUUGGAGAAGGAAGCGUUGACCAAGGCGUGCGUGGACAUGGACCAAAAGGUUGUGGUCAAUUACUAUCCAAAAUGUCCACAGCCUGACCUCACGCUCGGACUGAAGCGUCACACGGACCCUGGCACCAUCACUCUCUUGCUCCAGGACCAGGUGGGUGGGCUCCAGGCCACCAGGGAUGGCGGGAAGACCUGGAUCACCGUUCAACCUGUUGAAGGAGCUUUCGUCGUCAAUCUCGGAGAUCAUGGUCAUUUUCUGAGUAAUGGGAGGUUCAAGAACGCGGAUCACCAAGCAGUGGUGAACUCGAACUACAGCCGAUUGUCGAUAGCCACAUUCCAGAACCCAGCACCAGACGCAACAGUGUAUCCAUUGAAGAUCAGAGAGGGAGAGAAGGCAGUGCUAGAAGAGCCCAUUACAUUUGCAGAGAUGUACAGGAGGAAGAUGAGCAAGGACCUUGAGCUUGCCAGGCUGAAGAAGCUGGCCAAGGAGAAGGAUUUGGAGAAGGCCAAAUUGGAGACCAAGCCUAUUGAAGAGAUAUUUGCUUAGACAAGCUAGCUAGCUGACAGCUCAUCUUGUCCUGCUAUAUAUUUGUCUCUUAAUUUCCCUUUCAUAUAUCUACAUGUUGAGCAGUACUUUAUUUUGUU